CUAAGGAGACGAAGUGCCGCCCUAAGGAGCUGCAGGUAGCGAAUUGUAGGCAGACGACGUAGCUGUCACAUGCUGCACGAAUAUUUGAAGCCACUCAUUUCAAAUGAGGAUAAGGUCGUAGCAUGGGAAUUUCCUUUUAAUUCUGAACAAUUUAGAAUAUAGCUGUCCGUGUGCCUAAAAGUCGGAGUCUGGGGUGUACGCUGCUCCUCGUGUUUGGGCUUGGCGUGUUACCGGGGAUACGGUAGUUGAGGAAAAAGCCGCACUCCGGUGAAGUGUGGUCGAUGUCUAAAGAGCCUCAUUCAGAAGUCUAAAACCAAUUGGACAUCGUUGUACAACUGCGAACUGAAUCGGAGGUCGUCUUAAUAUUCACUCCAAACAUGGUGACAACCAAGGAAACGGUUCUGAACCCCAAUGCCAAAGUGUGGCAGGAGAUUCCCGCCCACCAGAAUGACAUCUCGGAGGGGACAGAUUAUUCCUCUUGGCUGCAGACCUAUCCUCACAACACUGACAUGACUGAAGAGUACCCUGAUGUUCUCUCUCUUGGGGGAAAAGGAUGCGACUCUGACUUUCCUGAUCACACUGAUGCCUGUGUGCCCACACAAGGCAGUAUGAAUGAUACUGACCCAUUUGAUGCAGGCUAUUCAGCCCUAAACCCCCAAAGCGAGUCAACUCUCGAUGAGACAAAACAACAACCUAUGUCUGAGAGUUUGAGGGAGUCUUUAAAGAAAAAACUGGAGUUCUGCUUUUCAAGAGAGAACUUAUCACUUGACCAAUACCUGAUAUCGGAGAUGGACAGUGAGCAGUUUGUUCCAAUCUGGGCCAUCGCUUGCAAGGAGGACAUCAAAGCCCUCACCAACGACAUGGAUCUCAUCGUGGAUGUGCUGAGAGAAUCGCAAUUUGUUCAAGUGGAUGAAGCUGGAGAGAAAGUUCGUCCAAAUCACAGUCGCUCCAUUAUAAUUUUGCGAGAGGUGCCAGAGACUACACCAGUAGAGGAGGUGGAGGCUCUUUUUAAAAGUGAACAGUGCCCAAAAAUGUUAAGUGCUGAAUUUGCACACAACAGCAACUGGUACAUCACGUUUCAGUCAGAUAUGGAUGCACUCAAGGCUUACAGAUAUCUACGGGAGGAAGUGAAAAUAUUUCAGGGGAAACCAAUAAUGGCUCGCAUCAAGGCAAUAAACACAUUCUUUAGUAAGCCGGGCUUCAGCAGCGUGGACUCCAGUGUGUACAACCAGCAGGCCACGCCUCAUGUUGCAUAUGGAUCCCCUUUGUACAUACAGCAGGUGUACAGUGCUCAGCAGCAGUACCCGGUCUAUCCAGGUCUUACCCAGUCCUGGAAUGCUACAACAAUGCCUUACUUUGAAACUCCUCUGGCACCUUUCCCGAACAAUGGAUUCAUGACUGCUUACAACAGUGUGGGAAACUAUAAAGCAAAUUCAAGCUCUAAUCCGCCUUUGUGCAGGAACCGGAAUCAUUUAAAGGGACACUUUAGGCCUGGUGACGCGCUCAUAACCCCUCCAAUCGCUCCCCCAGCAUUGAUGGAUGGUCUGUUGAGGCCUGUGACCUCACAGCCCCUUCAGGCACCAGGGAUCUUAAUUGCUACCACUUCAGCCAGCCUGCCCUCCCUAAGCCCAAAAAACACUUCCCCGAAGGACACAAUGUCCAGUGGGGAUAUGAGCGGGGAUGUAAGAACUAGGAGAAUUAACAACUACAGGAGCAUGAGGAGGAAAAGAGAUGAUGAACAUACCACGAAGCCUAGUCCUGUGACAGAAGUCGAGGUGCCGCCUCCGCCAAAGUUUGACCUGGCAGCUUCCAAUUUCCCUCCAUUGCCAGGAUGCGUGGUUAGUGUAACAGAAGAGAAGACACCGGAGAUGCGUCUGUCUGAUGUCGUACGUGGUCUUAAAGUGACCAACAAGGCUGUAUGCAACAAGGUAAAUGAAACGAAACCAUCAAACAUCUCAGAACCUUCAGCUUCAAGUCCUGUUAGCCCAGAUGUGACACCUACUGCAGAGGUCACUCAGAAACCAACCCUACUUGUUACAAGAAUUUCUUCACCGGUCGAGGAUGUGGGUGAGGCCGACAUUACUCUUCCAAUGGAAAAAGUGUCAUCUUGCAUCAAGCUUGUUAGCCCAACGGAACACGCAUCUUCCACGUGUAGCCAGACUGUCCUUGAAGUACCAACUCCCCCGUUUGACACCUCAGAACAGGAGCCAAAAAAGCUCAGCUAUGCAGAGGUCUGCCAGCGACUGGCUAAAGAUGGACCACCAGCACAAACACCCUCACCGGCACCACCUGUCUCUACGGCCGUCCAGCCUCUUCAAGAGCUUAAUAGAGGGGAGGAUCCUCAUGCCAAUACCAGGGAUGCUGCAAAUACACCGGACAAACGUGGAGACAGCUGCCCUCACCGGCAAGCCACUCGCACAUUUUAUGGUUAUAAGCGCUCCGGUCGAAGCGGAGGUGCAGGGCUAAAGAUUUGGGAGCAUCCCAGAAAUGCAAGCGGAAACACAGGCAAAACAUUUUCUCCUCAGCGUGGAAUCAGAAGGAGUGGCAAAGAACAGAACAUUCCCCCAAGGUCACCAAAAUAGCGGAACAAUCCUUAAAUCACAAUAAACUCGGACACAAAUGUGUGUAAAUAAAUAUUCACUGCAAGCUUGCAUUUAAAAAAAAACUGUAAAUAGGAAUAUUCUAGGUUCAAGAUGCUUCUGACAGAUGUUUUUCGUAGCUUGUGCGAGUUGUUUUAAUUCUACAUGGUCAUCAGCCUUGCUCAGCUUUUGGGUGAUCACAGCCGCACUACCUAUGUUGUUUUAUAUGCCCUUACUCAAAUGUAUCAUGUGAGUGGUCGAUAGACCCCAACAUUAUUAUUUAACCCUGCUUCAAUCUGGCAUGCAACGUCUGAUGUCAGCAACAUGAACUGCAACUGAACAAGAGAUGGCAAAGUAAAAUGGGGAACUUAAGAGGUGCAUUCUUGAGUGACAGAAUUUAGAAGUUGGAGUUAAAUUGUGCUGCCCAUGAGAUGGUACAGAAAUUUGUCAGGUGGAGACAUUGGAGGCAUGCAGCUGAGUGUUAUUUGCAAAGUCUGGUAGUCCUUUGCGAAUAUUUUUCACUACUAAUUGGUGUUCGGUUUUGCAGUGAAACGGUAGCAGGAAACUUCUGAAACAAGGUGUCGUGAACUGUAAAUAAUGCUUAUGGACUUCACAAAGUGUGUUGCCCCUCUCUCAGGUGUUGUCUUUCCACUGGGAAAUAAUAGUAAUGUCUCGCAAUGUUUUGUAGUUUUAAUUGCAGUUUUGGAUGUUCAUUUUCAAUACUGGUUUAAAUCGUAAUAAUCUGUUAAUUGGGGAUGAGCAAAAUAUCACAUUAUUUUCCAGUAGUUUGUUACACAAACAACAUUGACGUGAUCAGUGAGUCAUUGUAAUACUCUGGAAAAUAACAUUUCCUGUUAAUGUCAAAUGCAGAGUAAGUAAAGAAUAUCUCUGUGAGCUAA